UCUCUCCCUCUGUCUCUCUGUGCACCAAACGAAACAGUUGAAGACCUAUCGACCAAAAAUCUUCUUCCCAUCCAUCCUCAUACGAGCUAAGCAAUGCCGCCAUUGGAGCGGACCCCAGCCAGCCGUAAAGCUUCUCCUCUGAUCGUCCCCUCUCUUUCCGUCUCCUAGUGGUUUGAUUCCAACCCUGGGUUGACCCUCUCCAUCGGUGCAGCUGCCGCUGUUGAAUCCUCCGCACGCCUUGCAGUACGAAAAUCCCGGUUGCGCUUUCGCAGCUGGUUAAUCGCGAAGGAAGGGAAAAGGGAUGCAGGACUAGUCUGAGAAACCAUGUACGGGGCUCUUCGUCUCCGGUUGCCGCCUGUUAUUCGAGUGUUUUGAUCCGGAAUCGCUGAGAGAUUAGAUGCUUCAGCUCCCAGUGGAUUGAUUUUGUCCUGGGGUUGUCACCAUAAACCUUAGUUCAUGGAUUGGGUGCUGGAGUCUUCAGCUGUCGGUCGUCCUGCAUUCAUCUAUGGCUCCAAGUUGCCAUCUUCGGUAGUUUCCAAUCGAAAUUUGAGAUGGCAGCCCGGUAUUUCUCGGAGAAUUCGUCCACUAAGUACGCAGUUCUCCAGAAUGCACACAUCUGUGGGCUAUUCCACUCCUGGACUGCCAAAAAACUUAGCUUUUGGAAAUUCGGUCCCGUUGAGAUCAGUGGUUGUGAGAAGUAGCGUUAAUUCUGAUGCUGCGGAAGGGAAUUUCGGUUUCAUGAGACUUUUGGUGAGGCGCGGAGUUAUUUUGGCGGCAUUGGUCUGUGGAAUUAUGGUCGUCGGGUGUAGAAGAGUGUUUGCGGUGGAGAGCGUAGUCAACACAGGUUAUGGUGUUUUUGGUCAGAGCAUCUUGUUGUUGAGGAAUGCUUGGCCUAAAGUCUCACAACUUCUAAGGGUGUUCAAAGAGCAAGGUUUGAUAUUGGCCGUGCUCUUGGGACUUUCGGCUUUCUUUUCAAUGGCAGAGACUUCAAUUACCACGCUUUGGCCUUGGAAGGUACGUGAAUUGGCUGAGAAAGAGCCUGAAAAUGGUGUCUUCAAAAUGCUCCGCAGUGAUGUAACACGAUUUCUAACAACUAUACUUAUUGGCACAACAGUGGUCAAUAUUGGAGCAACCGCAUUGGUCACAGAUGCAGCGACAGCAAUAUUUGGUGAAGCCGGUGUUAGUGCAGCAACUGGAGUGAUGACAGUUGCUAUUCUGCUUCUUACUGAAAUCACUCCAAAAAGUAUAGCAGUUCAUAAUGCCACGGAGGUUGCUCGGUUUGUGGUCAGGCCAGUAGCAUGGCUCUCAUUGGUGUUAUAUCCUGUGGGAAGAGUUGUUACCUACUUGUCAAUGGGGAUGCUAAAACUGCUUGGUCUGAAAGGGAGAAGUGAGCCUUAUGUCACUGAGGAGGAGCUAAAGUUGAUGUUGCGAGGAGCAAUAUUAAGUGGGGCUAUAGAGGAGGAAGAACAGGAUAUGAUUGAAAAUGUGUUGGAGAUAAAGGACACGUAUGUGAGAGAGGUCAUGACUCCUCUUGUUGAUGUAGUUGCUAUUGAUGCUAGUUCAACCCUUAUAGAUUUCCACAACUUGUGGGUGACUCAUCAAUAUUCGAGGGUGCCUGUCUUUGAGCAGCGGGUCGACAAUAUAGUGGGAAUUGCUUAUGCAAUGGAUCUGUUGGACUAUGUCCAGAAGGGUGAGCUGUUAGAAAGUUCCACUGUGGGAGAUAUGGCUCAUAAACCUGCUUACUUUGUUCCUGAUUCAAUGUCAGUGUGGAACCUUCUCAGGGAGUUUAGGAUAAGAAAGGUUCACAUGGCUGUGGUGCUCAAUGAAUACGGUGGCACUGUAGGAAUUGUAACACUGGAAGAUGUGGUUGAGGAAAUUGUCGGUGAAAUUUUUGAUGAAAAUGAUUCCAAGGAAGAGAUCCAGAAGAAGACUGGGUACAUCGUAAUGCGAGCACAGGGAGUAUAUGAUGUUGAUGCCAACACAUCCAUUGAUCAACUCUCCGAAGACUUGAAUAUAAAAAUGCCAGAGGGUCAUCAGUAUGAGACUGUAUCUGGCUUUAUAUGCGAAGCAUUCGGGUAUAUACCAAGGACAGGCGAGAGCGUCAAAGUGGUUCUUGAGAAGGAAAACAUGGAAGAAGUGGAUGAGUACAAUGAAGACGGCGAAUCUGAGCGCAAGGACCAAAAGGACAAGGAAACACAUCAAGUUUUCAAACUCGAGAUUCUAGCGGGAAAUGCCAGAAAGGUCAGUGCGGUUAGGUUUGAGAGGAUUGAUGGUGAGGAUGACGCUUCCAAAAUGAAAGAAGUUACCCGAGUGGUUCCUAAAAUCAUAAAGAGGAAAUGUAGCAGCGACGAUGACGAGUACUUAUUCCCGAGAAGACCAGAGAGUGAUCUAUCUGACGACUAUCCAAGCGACCAAAACGAAGACAUUCACAUAGGUGGUGGUGGUGAGCAAUAGUUAGAGGUUCGAAUUGCUGAGGUUUUCCUUGCAUCCCUAUCAAUUCUUUCUUAUAAUUUUGGCAGAAGAAAAGGUUUAUUAUUGUUAGGAAAAGGUGAAGAUGGGAAUUAUUGGUGGAUUUUAUUUCUUUGUAAAGUUAAUUUUUUUCUGAAGAUGAUGGAAUCAGACAGAGACAGGGGACAUCCUUUCUGCAUGUGAGUUGGUAUGUUCCAUGUUUCCUUUUUUGUUCCAUUUUGUGUUUGAGGAAAAAAAAAA